UGUAAUGCUUUUGACAUGGAUAUGAUUACUACCACUACAAUCGGCGUUUUAGUUGCUGAAUUGAUUCCUAUGAUCCGUAAUCAUUUACAGAGAUGUGUAGCAUCAGAUCGUAAGACGAUAAUUCCUGACAUGGUCAAGAGUGUUUCUCAGUCUCGAUUUUGGUUCAAUGUGGUUGAAGCAUUGAGAGAUCAACAUUCUAUUGAAAGAUUGACUGAAGAGAUGUUGCUCCAACUCGCAUCACAACAUAUAAGUGAUGAAGAAGCUUACUGGAUUGUGUGGACGCUGUUUAAUCAGAGUAUCAUGCAUAUGACUGUUAUGAGGGCAAUGUUUAUUGACAAAUUUUUGCUCCGGAAAACAUUUCCUUUAUGCUGCCUGAGAUGGAUUCUUCACUAUGCUGUCUUUGAGUUUCCACCAAAUUCAGCCAUGGAAACUCAGAUUCAAAAGACAUCAAACUUCAUAGUUACAUUGCAAACCUUUGUUAGUAUUUGGUCCAAGAAAGAGUUUGUUCAGUCAUAUUCAGUGGAGCAACAAGCUUAUAUCACUGCAGCAAUAGGGUUAUGUUUGGAGAACAUGUCAAAAAGAGAAUUAGAGAUGACUAAAGAUGUAUUGAAUUGUAUUCUUCAAGGAGUAACCUGUAGGUUAGAGAGCCCAAUUGAUUUAGUCCGGAAGAUGGCCAGUGCUGUUGCAUUGACAUUUUCUAAAAUUGUUGAUCCGAAAAAUCCUCUUUACCUUGAUGACGACUGUUCUGAGAAUGUUGACUGGGAGUUCGGGGUUCUUUCCCCAAAGAGGAUCAAAGCUCCUUCACAUGAUGUAGAACUUGGAAGCAAAUCAAAACCAUGUUCACGUGAUGAGAACAGGAGAAAUGCUGGUGAGAAAAAGGCAAAGGCUAUCAGGCAUGAUAUUUCAGACAACAGAGUAAAAAUCGUAGAGAUCAAAUCAUUAGAUUCUGAUGAAAUGUCUGAUGGUGGUGCCGACGUGGGUAUGGUUGGAGGUAUUGGUAGGAAGUGGGGAUCUAUGGGGUCGAUGAUGGCAGGUGGUGUAGAUAACCAGCGUUUCAUCGCUGAUGGGCUGGCCGACGUCAGUGAGGGAGUCGGCGAGGUUCUUGAGCUUGGCGCAGUAGUCGCUGAUGGAGAGAUCGCCCUGUGGCGUGUUGCGGAAGUCGGCCUCGAGCUGGAUGGCGCGGUGCUUCUUGUUGUCGCGGAAGAGAUUCUCGAUGGCGUCCCAGAUGGUGAGCGCAGUGGAGCCGGGAUGCAUGACGAUGCCGAGGAGGUCGGUGUCGAUGGAGCCGUAGAUCCAGGAGAGCACGGUGUAGUCAUCACGGCCCCAAGCAGAGGUGGGAGACGUGUCGGAGGGAGUGGCUUCGCCGGUGACGUGGGCGGUGAGACCGUAGCGGCCGAGAGCAACGAGGAAGAGCUCCCUCCAGCUUGUGUAGUUGCCGUCGGUGAGGCUGAGGGUGAUCGGCACGUGGAGCUUGAUGGAGGUGGCAGAGCAUCACCUGAUGAAUUGCGCCACAACGCAGGUGACCUUGUUCAAGCACUGGUGCAUGUACGUUGUUCUGAUGCUGCAAUGGAAGGCGAGGAAGAUUCUGCUGAAGAAAAGCGACAGAAGGCAUUAGUCGCCUUGCUGGUAACCAACCCAUUUGAAUCAUUAGAUGUUCUGACCAAAUUGCUAUAUUCAUCGAGUGUGGAUAUAAGUCAGCGUAUUUUAGUUAUCGAUGUUAUGACUGAGGCAGCGCAGGAGCUUGCUGAAACUAAAAUUAUAAAUAAACAACAGCGGCAUGGGAACUUAAUUUCUGAUACUUCCCCGUCCUGGUUGGUUCCUAGUGACAGAGGACCUCUUGGCGCAAGCCCUUGGAGAGAGGUCUCAGAACCAGGAUCACUUUUGAGUUGGUCACACCGUUAUGAAAGAGAAGUUCCAUCUAGAUCAGGUCAGGUUAAAUCAGGAAAAUCUCGCAAAUGGGGUCUCAGGAAAGCAAAAGAUUUGCAGGUGGAGGGGUCAAAAAACAAAUUUCCUUUGUAUGCUGCUGCGUUUAUGCUCCCUGUUAUGCAAGGAUAUGACAAAAGAAGACAUGGGGUGGACCUGCUCAAUCGGGACUUUGUUGUCCUCGGUAAAUUGAUAUACAUGCUUGGUGUCUGUAUGAAGUGCAUGGCCAUGCAUCCGGAAGCAUCAGCUCUUGCCCCAGCUCUUCUGGAUAUGAUAGGAUCUAGGGAGAUUUCGCAGCAUGCUGAAGCAUAUGUGAGAAGGUCUGUGUUGUUUGCAGCUUCUUGUAUAUUGAUCGCUUUGCACCCGUCGUAUGUGGCAUCCAUUCUUAUAGAAGGCAACCGGGACAUUUCUACUGGUUUAGAAUGGAUACGCACAUGGGCCUUGCAAAUUGCUGAAGUUGAUCCUGAUACAGAGUGCACAUCGUUGAGUACUCCUACCAUCUUGCAGAAUGAAUCAGUUCUUUGUCUCUUCUACGCCAUCUGUAUUAGCCAUGAUAGGAUAAUAAGCACAUAG